GUUGGAAAAUUUCUCGGCGAGGUAGACAAUGUUACUAGCUCAGAUAAAUCGAGAUUCUCAGGGAAUGACGGAAUUUUCUGGCGGAGGAAUGGAGGCCCAGCAUGUGACUCUCUGUCUAACAGAAGCUGUAGCUGUGCAAGAUGGUGACAACUUAGAAAACAUGGAAGGUGUAAGUUUGCAAGCAGUUACCCUUGCUGAUGGCUCCACUGCUUACAUACAGCACAACUCUAAAGAUGGUAAAUUAAUGGAUGGCCAGGUGAUUCAAUUAGAAGAUGGUUCUGCUGCUUACGUUCAACAUGUACCCAUGCCUAAAAGCAGGGACGGCUUGCGUCUGGAAGAUGGACAAGCAGUUCAACUGGAAGAUGGAACUACAGCAUUUAUUCAUCACACCUCAAAAGACAGUUAUGACCAGAGUGCAUUACAAGCAGUCCAGCUGGAGGAUGGAACUACUGCCUACAUUCAUCACACAGUGCAGAUGCCACAGUCAGAUACCAUUUUAGCCAUUCAAGCUGAUGGCACAGUGGCAGGUCUUCAUACCGGAGAUGCUGCCAUUGACCCAGAUACCAUCAGUGCUUUGGAGCAAUAUGCAGCCAAGGUGUCUAUUGAUGGAAACGACAGUGUUAGUGGCACAGCAAUGAUAGGUGAAAAUGAACAAGAUAAAAAAAUGCAGAUUGUCUUGCAAGGACAUGGAACAAGAAUGACUGCAAAAUCUCAGCAGAGUGGAGAGAAAGCCUUUCGCUGUGAUUAUGAUGGCUGUGGAAAACUGUACACAACAGCUCACCAUCUUAAGGUGCAUGAAAGGUCACACACAGGAGACAGACCGUAUCAGUGUGAACAUCCUGGAUGUGGUAAAGCCUUUGCAACAGGGUAUGGGUUAAAAAGUCAUGUCCGAACACACACCGGUGAAAAGCCUUAUAGGUGCACAGAGGAAAAUUGCACCAAGUCAUUCAAGACUUCAGGGGACCUGCAGAAACAUAUUCGGACCCACACAGGUGAAAGGCCAUUUAAGUGUCCAUUUGAAGGAUGUGGCAGGUCAUUCACAACUUCUAAUAUUAGAAAAGUUCACAUCAGGACACAUACAGGCGAAAGGCCUUAUUACUGUACAGAGCCAGGAUGUGGGAGAGCUUUUGCCAGUGCAACUAAUUAUAAGAAUCAUGUGAGAAUACACACAGGGGAGAAGCCCUAUGUCUGUACAGUUCCUGGUUGUGAUAAACGUUUUACAGAGUAUUCCAGUUUAUACAAACAUCAUGUUGUACAUACUCAUUCCAAACCAUACAACUGUAAUCACUGUGGGAAAACAUACAAGCAGAUUUCUACACUUGCUAUGCACAAGCGGACAGCACACAAUGACACAGAGCCCAUUGAAGAAGAACAAGAGGCUUUCUUUGAGCCACCUCCAGGUCAAGGUGAAGAUGUUCUCAAAGCCUCAGAGAUAACCUAUGUGACAGGUGUAGAGGAAGAUGUAAUUUCUGCACAGGUUGCUACAGUUACUCAGUCAGGAUUAGGUCAACAAGUAGCACUAAUAUCUCAGGAUGGGACCCAACACGUCAACAUAUCCCAGGCAGAUAUGCAGGCCAUUGGCAAUACUAUCACUAUGGUAACACAAGAUGGCACCACCAUCACAGUCCCUGCCCACGAUGCUGUCAUUUCUUCUGCAGGAACACAUUCUGUAGCAAUGGUUACUGCAGAAGGCACUGAAGGACAGCAGGUUGCUAUUGUGGCUCAAGACUUAGCAGCAUUUCAUACUGCCCCAUCAGAAAUGGGACAUCAGCAACAUGGGCACCAUUUAGUGGCUACAGAAACUAGACCUGUUACGUUGUUGGCUACAUCCAAUGGAACACAAAUUGCAGUACAGCUUGGAGAGCAGCAGUCUCUGGAAGAAGCCAUUAGAAUAGCCUCCAGAAUACAACAGGGUGAAACACCAGGGCUUGAUGAUUAACUUCUAAAACUGCUACAAGAACAAUAAAGCGAAAGGUAUUUUAUUUUCAAUCAACAAAGGUCCAUGCCAGCAGCAACCCGUAAAAACUUUGAAGGUCCCUGCUCACUGACACUGUGUACACAUUUUAUGCAAGAGCGAAGAACAUUUUGUAAGUUUUGUGUACAUAACCCUUGGAAUGGACUGACAUCAUCUACUUCCAACCGUUGUAUAUUCAGGAAUAUGGAAUUAGGAGUAUAUAGUAAAUUUCUUUGUUAUCCUUUCAUCAGAUUUCAGACUGGUUUACAAGCAAGUGAGAAAUUCAAUAGAAGAACUGGAAUUAAUGUUUACUGUCAUGUACAAAUAAUGAAGGCAUUACCGAAGAUUUAAAAUAUUUAAAAUACUAUUAAAAAAUCAUAAGUUCAGGAACCCUUACAAGUAAUAAAGAUGACAGAGCCUUUUAAAUUGCAUUCCAUAAAUGGAAAAAAGUCUUGGAUUUUGAGCCUACUGUAAAUCUUUGUGUUUUGAUUUGUUUCAUGCAGGUUUCAAUAUUCUUUAGAUUAUUGACCCUAUCUCAUUCAUUGUAAAUACUGACUGUUAAUGCUGGAAGUGCUAAUUAUAUUAUCUUUAAAUUGGAUUAUGUACA